AUGAAGAUCGCUGUCCUCACAUCGGGUGGCGACAGCGCAGGCAUGAACGCCGUCGUGCGCUCAGUCGUUAAAACUGGUAUUCUCAAAGGAUGCGAGAUGUUCGUCGUGCGUGAAGGCUACGAAGGUCUCGUUCGCGGAAAUGCCGAUGGCCUGCGGGUGGACCCCGUCAUCAUCCACAACCUCGAACAAAUCAUUCAAAAGCCUUCUCUUAUCCAAAAUGAUCCCGAUAAGAACCUACUGCACAAUUUACGCUUCGGGGACGGGGAUUUGUUGAAAGACGGAACGAGUGAGUGGGUGGGUGGAAGAACUCUCAAAGGAAGGUACAUUGUUAGGGUUGGAUGGGACGAUGUCAGAGGCUGGUUUGCAGAGGGAGGCACAUUGAUUGGCACAGCCAGGUCAAAGACUUUCAGGACUCCCGAAGGCCGAACUGCCGCCGCCCACAACCUUAUCAAAGAGGGCAUACAUGCGCUCGUCGUCUGUGGAGGAGAUGGCUCCCUCACAGGUGCAGACGUCUUCAGAUCCGAGUGGCCUCAGCUCGUCGCCGAUCUGCAUUCGCAAGGCAAGAUCACUGACGAACAACGGGCAGCCCACACCCAUCUCCGUAUCGUGGGACUGGUGGGAUCCAUCGACAAUGAUAUGUGCAUGACAGACACGACCAUCGGCGCUCCCACUGCUCUCCAGCGUAUCUGCGAAGCCAUCGACAACAUUAACUCGACCGCAUACAGCCACUCCCGUGCUUUCGUCGUCGAAGUGAUGGGCAGGGAUUGUGGUUGGUUGGCGUUGAUGGCGGGCAUCGCCGGUGGCGCUGACUUUAUCUUCAUUCCUGAACGCCCUCCCUAUAAAAUGCCAUGGGAGGACGAGAUGUGUGCAAAGAUCCACCGUCAUCGUGAAGUUGGGAAACGGAAGACCAUCGUCAUCGUAGCUGAGGGGGCGCAGGACUCCGACCUUAACCCUAUCCGCGCUGAGUAUGUCAAGGAAGUGCUUACAGAGAGGCUUGGGCUAGAUACCCGUGUCACCACCCUCGGCCAUACCCAACGAGGAGGCAGACCUUGCGCGACUGAUCGAAUUCUGCCUACGCUUCAGGGCGUCGAAGCCGUCGAAGCAUUGCUCGAGUCUACGCCCGAGACUCCCUCGUAUAUGAUUGGUGUGCACGAGAAUAAGAUCGCACGGGUGCCGUUGAUGGAGGCGGUGGCUCUAACAAAGGCUGUCGGACAGGCUGUCAGGGACAAGGACUUUGACAAGGCUAUGGAAUUGAGAGGCCCUGAGUUUGGGGAAGCAUUGGAAGGAUUCAUGGCAACGUCGUCCUUGUACGUAGAGUCGGACAAGCUACCUCAAGAACAGCGGAUACGUGUGGGCAUCAUCCAUAUGGGAGCGCCCGCUGGCGGUAUGAAUGCAGCGACCCGUGCUGCGGUGCGAUACUGCCUCCGACAAGGACAUACACCACUGGCUGUACACAAUGGGUUCCGUGGAUUGUUGGACGACAACGUUGACGAGCUGUCAUGGCUCGGCGUUGAUGCGUGGAUGGCGCGAGGAGGAUCUGAACUCGGUACCAAUCGCGCAUUACCCUCCAUUGAUAUUGGGGGGAUGGCAUCAAAGUUCCAGGAGUUCAAUUUCCAAGCUGUUUUGAUCAUUGGAGGGUUUGAGGCAUUCAAUGCUUUGUUGCUGCUCGAGGAAGGAAGGAAGCAUUAUCCUGCAUUCCACAUUCCGAUGGUUCACCUUCCGGCGACGAUUAGCAACAACGUUCCGAUGACGGAGUAUAGUCUGGGAAGCGAUACAAGUUUGAAUGCACUAGUGGAUGCAUGCGAUGCGAUUAAGCAGAGUGCAAGUGCGAGCCGUGACCGAGUGUUCGUUGUUGAGACGCAAGGCGGCAAGUGUGGGUAUCUUGCAGCUAUGGGGGCAUUGGCGGUUGGUGCAAAUAUAGUGUAUACACCCGAAGACGGGAUCAAUCUAGACAUGCUGAGGAGGGACGUGCGAUUCUUAAAGACGAGGUAUACCUUGGAUCCUCCAGGCCGGAGUGAAGGACGACUGGUAAUCAGGAGCGAAGCGUCAUCAAGUGUAUACACGACGACAUUUAUUACAAAAAUGUUGCAGGAGGAGGGAGGAGCAUUGUUCGAUGCGCGAUCUGCUUCGCUUGGGCAUACACUGCAAGGUGGCAUCCCAUCGCCAAUGGACCGAGCGCGGGGAGUACGGCUUUCGCUCAAGUGCAUGGCGUUCCUGGAGCAACAUCACGCCGUCUUGCAAAAGCAGCCGGCACACAAGUCACGACAUGCAAGUGGGUCGUCUGCGGCGGUUAUUACGAUCCAAGGGAGCUCUGUGACGAUGGUUCCUGUGCGGGAGAUGGUUGAGCAUGCAGAUAUGGGUAACCGACGAGGUAAAGUAGCGUGGUGGAGAGGUGUCAAGGAACUUGAGGAAGAGCUCGUUGGGCGAAGUCACUUCAUUGGCUUGCGGGUGUAA